GUGUGUGGAAGAGAGAGAGAAAAAGACGCGCACAAAGCAAAAGUGUGUAAAUGUAAUGAAAAGCCGGCUACAAGCAAAUUAUCCUUUCCCCUUGUAAAUCUUACUGGUUCUUCAUCUAAGCACUAGUUGUUGCUGAUCACAGUAAACGAUUGAGCUGAGGAACAUCGCUUUAUCUGUUGAUUUGAUUGGAUCUGUUAAUAAAUGGGUUGCUUCUCCUGUUUUGAUUCUAAAGAGGAUGAGAAGUUGAAUCCCCAAAAAGAUAGAGAUGAUUCUAACCGCAAGCAACCCCAUCUCACCGCUCCCUCAAAUAUAUCCAGGUUAUCUUCAGGGGCAGACAGACUUAAAACAAGAAGUACCAAUUGUUCAAAGAGAGAAUUUUUGGGGAUAAAGGAUGCACCUGAUGUUCAGAUUGCUGCACAUACAUUUACUUUCCGUGAGCUUGCAGCUGCUACUAAUAACUUCAGGCCAGAAUCUUUUAUAGGUGAAGGAGGGUUUGGUCGUGUGUAUAAAGGGCAAUUACCUAGCGGUCAGGUUGUUGCAGUUAAGCAAUUGGAUAGGAAUGGGCUUCAGGGGAAUAGAGAAUUUUUAGUGGAGGUUCUUAUGCUUAGUCUUCUUCAUCAUCCUAACUUGGUGAAUUUAAUUGGUUACUGUGCUGAUGGGGACCAGAGGCUUCUUGUCUAUGAGUUCAUGCCUUUGGGAUCACUAGAGGAUCACCUUCAUGAUCUCCCUCCUGAUAAAGAGCCACUAGAUUGGAACACGAGAAUGACGAUUGCAUCUGGUGCAGCAAAAGGUUUGGAGCACCUUCAUGAUAAGGCGAACCCUCCUGUUAUUUAUAGGGACUUCAAGUCAUCCAACAUAUUGCUUAAAGAAAACUUUUUCCCGAAGCUUUCUGAUUUUGGGCUAGCAAAACUUGGUCCUACUGGAGACAAGUCACAUGUGUCCACAAGGGUCAUGGGAACUUAUGGUUACUGUGCCCCUGAGUAUGCCAUGACUGGACAAUUGACUGUCAAAUCUGAUGUCUAUAGUUUUGGGGUUGUGUUCUUGGAGCUUAUCACUGGACGUAAGGCUAUUGACAGCACCAAACCUCAGGGAGAACAAAACCUUGUCGCAUGGGCUAGGCCACUGUUUAAUGAUCGUCGGAAAUUUGCAAAAUUAGCUGAUCCAAGUCUUCAAGGACAAUUUCCAAUGAGAGGUCUGUACCAGGCUUUAGCUGUGGCCUCCAUGUGUAUCCAAGAACAGGCUGCUGGUCGUCCACUAAUUGGGGAUGUGGUCACUGCCCUUUCUUAUCUUGCAAAUCAGUCAUAUGAUCCUGGUACAGUUCCUGGGCAAAUUCAUAGAUUUGGGGCAGACAGUGUUGAUAGGAGAAAUAAAGAUGAUAGAGUUGGAAGAAUAUUUAGGAAUGAAGAUGGGGCAGGAGGAGGAUCAGGACGGAAAUGGGACGUGGAUGGAGGAUCUGAGAAGGAAGAUUCUCCAAGGGAAACAGCAAGGAUGUUAAACAGGGAUUUGGAUAGAGAAAGAGCAGUUGCAGAGGCUAAAAUGUGGGGCGAGAAUUGGAGAGACAAGAGAAGACAAAAUGGUCAAGGCAGUUUUGAUGGGGGUAACGAAUAGUCAUUAGAUGUUCGAUCAUUCCCCAGCUAGCUGUACCGUUGAUAAGGUAGUCUUGAUCUGAGCUUAAUUUGUAGUUGAUCGUCUGUAAAAAUUGACAUUUCCACCAUCUUAUCUUAGGUAAGUGUGUAAUGGAGCUAAAAGGGAACUCUUACACAGAGGACAAAUGAGGAAGGAGAGGAUAUAUUUCAAAAUUGUGAGUAAAGACAUGUCUCAACUACUUAGCUGAGGAUCAUUUACUGUCUGUAAUCUUUGAUCCUAAACAUGUUAUACUCUAAUCUUGAUUGUGUUAUAUGACAGAAACUUGAUUUUA